CGCCUCAGUUUGGGACGACGGUUGAUAGCUGCUAGGAAAGCUAGCUCGCUCGUAGCACAGGGCACCAUGAGGCUUAAUCACGUGUUAAUGGUGUUUGCUUCGGUAGCGUUCGGUUGCGCUGCUGGAGAAUUGAUCUGCUCUGAAGCGUUAUUCGAUGGAUUGGGAGGUGUGCUGCCCAGUCCAGCGUCUUCGUCGGAGUAUUCGAGAUGUGUUCAAGGUGUAGUGAAUACCGUUUCCUGCCCGAGUGGUCAUUACUACGAUGCAGACGCGAAACAGUGUUUGUAUGGGCAAGCUGUACAGGAAACCCGCAUGCAAGUAGCAUUCCAGUUUGAGGAAUUGUGCACCAAUCCGAACGCAGUGGAAAUCUUCCCCAAUCCAACCAACUGCUCACAGUACAUCAUCUGCUAUGGAUUGGUGCCGAUCGAGCAAUACUGCUCGAAUGGACUUCUCUUCAACUCGCAGCUCAACACAUGUGACAUCCCGACGAAUGUGAUUUGUGCCUUCAGCUGUCCGGCAGUGGACGAUCCCAACAACCCCGUCUGGCUACCGGAUUCGAGAUUGGAGGACUGUGCCAGGCACAAUCUGUGUUUCCAAGGUUCACCGCUACCGUUCUACUGCUACAGCAAUCUCUACUUCGACAUGGUAUCGCGAACCUGCACGUACCCACAGUAUUCGAGCUGCCGCGUGCCCGGGGUGUACUGCAAUAGCACCAUGACUCAAAACAUUGGAAAUCCCAGAAGCUGCACAUCGUACUACGUAUGCGUGGAUGGCUUCCCUCACUUCCGAAACUGUGAAUUCGAGGAGUAUUUCUCUGAGCAGCUAGGUGUAUGCAUUCCUGGCUCUUGUGAGCCGGAUUCGACGACAACUGCUGCGUCCACCACAUUCGAGCCUUCCUCAACUACCGGAAUGACACCAUCGCUCACGUCUACCACGGAAUGGAGUACAGGAACUACAGACUUUACGUCCACUACCAUUCCCUUCACAACGGACCCCUCGUUUACCACGCAGGAACCUACGUCAACUCAAGUUUCCACUACACCCGGCGAGAGCACAACCAUGUCCGGUACUGAAACGACCCCAUUCGCUCCGACUACUACUUUUGAACCGUCGACUCCUAUCGAUUCUACCACCUCUUCGACAGUACCAGAAUCGACCACUUUUGAGCCAAGCGGUACACCUGAGUUUACGUCAAGCAGCGUUAUGACAACGUCCGACACUCCCAGCACUUCGACAAUCGUUCCUACGACGCUCGAAACAACUUCCGAAUCAAUAACCGAUUCCACCACUGGCGGGCUCAGUACAACAACUUCAACGCAGGAGUUUUCAACGACAACUACGGAUGCAACUACCAGUACUAUUGAUGAGUUCUCCACUACUACCGAGAUCAGUACACAAACUUUUUCGCAAGAAGUUUCGACGACUACUACACAGCUAACAACCAUUGAAGGGUUGUCGACCUUGACUGUGACUCAUACAACUACAGUCGAGUUGACAACAAUGUCUACCGAUCCUACAACUACAGAGCAGGCUACAACAACUACUGAGACAACUCCUACAACUACAGUCGAGGUGACAACAACAUCUACCGACUCUACAACAACCGAGACAACUCCUACAACUACAGUCGAGGUGACAACAACGUCUACCGACUCUACAACUACAGAGCAGGCUACAACUACUACCGAGACCACUCCUACAACUACAGUCGAGGUGACAACAACGUCUACCGACUCUACAACUACAGAGCAGGCUACAACUACUACCGAGACCACUCCUACAACUACAGUCGAGGUGACAACAACAUCUACCGACUCUACAACUACAGAGCAGGCUACAACAACAACCGAGACCACUCCUACAACUACAGUCGAGGUGACAACAACGUCUACCGACUCUACAACUACAGAGCAGGCUGCAACAACUACCGAGACUACUACGACGACGGAAACGACCACUACCACCACGACUGAGAUGGUAACGAUCGAUCCGAAUGAUGCGUGUGCCGGUCUUGGAAUUGUGAUUCUUCCCUACCCAACCAACUGCUACAUGUACAUCCUCUGUAUUAACGGCAUCGGCGCAGUGUCCACAUGCGCAGCAGGCCAAAUUUUCAACCCAGUCUCCAGUACCUGCGCGGCGGGCAAUCAGACCACAUGCACACUGGCUUAACACUCCGCCAACAGAAACCCCGUUCGCUACGAGUGCUUCCAAUAAAGUGUUCAUAUUCAAUCAGAGACAAGCAAAUUCCCAAUCGCCAA